GCAGCACAUAGCAAUCAGUAUCAAAGUCGUAUCCGCCCAAGUCCCGUUCAUGCCUCGAUCAGUCUGAGGAUGCCAGAACUGAAGAAUGACCCUGGACAGUUGACACCAGUGCUGGUUCUAUCUGAUUCGGUCAAUCAGACCUUUGAAUACUCACCCCCACGACCGCAAGGUUGACACAAGUUAUGUUCUCUAGACGCCGUAUGCCCGGAUAAAUGUCAUCCAGUUGAUCCUCAUUCUCUCUUCGUUGCCUACCCCUUUUCAUUCAGGGGUUCGAAAGGCAUCGAUGACUGCUACGAGCCGGUAGAGCUGCGUAUACGAGUUAUCAUCAGUGCGCUCAGAAUGUUUCCAGGACUUUACAGCUUCACCGUGUUUCCUUCCUGCCCGAGAACCUUUGUAGCGUAUCUAGCCACCAUGACCGUUGCCCCGCGGAUCAAGAACUUUAACAUCGUUGUCUGUUUGUGCUGAUAACUGCCAAUACAAAUCAUGAUCAUCUACUAGGUGAAUUUUGUUAAUACCUGCGACAAUUUUAGAACGAGAGAUUUCGUGCCCACGUAUGGCUCUUUUCAAGUUUGAACCCUGCUGUCGACUCGUUUCCAGGGGCACAGCGCAUGAUAUACUUUUCGUUGACAAGAUCAGUGUGUUUUGACUCCCUUCGUAGAGGACGUCCUCAAACUUUCCCUAUCUUCGAAUCUCCUUCAUUUCCACUCCACACUUAUCCCUGUCCCAGGAACUUUGGUUGUCGGGACCAUGGCUGUUCAUUUUACCCAAAACGUUGUCUACAUUCUCACCUACGAUCCAUCUUCACUGAUAGAUCUCCCACCGAAAAAAUGAUGGAAGAAUUGGUCCUUUUUCUACCGUCCAACAUAUUACCCGUGAUGGCUCUCAAAUUCCGACUUAAAUGCCUUCAAUACACUGACUCACCUUCGGUUUCAUGGUCUUCCAUUCACAAUCAUGACCACAUUGCUGCUCCCGCUUCUCGUCUUUGCGUUCACCGGCUCUGGGAUGGCUCAAGUCUCCAGUGGGACGAUGUUCACGAUUGAGGUCGGUCGGGCCGGUAGCUUCUUUGUCCCAGACUCGGUGAAUGCUCGACUGGGAGAUACAGUUAAAUUCCAGUUCUUUGAUGCGGCUCACGGUGUCGUUCAGACAUCGUUUGAGACCCCUUGCGAACCCCUCCCAGGCGGGUUCAGCAGUGGAGUCUUUCAACCUCCUGGUGGAGUAACUGAUCCGGGACAACUUGCGGAGUGGACUCUACAAAUCACUAAUACUUCGACAAUCUGGUUCUACUGCCCCGUUGAGAGUCCUGUUUCACAUUGCAGCACUGGGAUGGUUGGGGCAAUUAACCCACUUGGUGAAAAGAUGGUAGAGGACUUCAAAUCUGCAGCAAAAGCCUUCACUGCAACACAUCCGACACCAUCUCCUGCACUUACGGGUGUCGGAGCAGCAGCUACCGGAAGUCCAAUUAUUAUCGUCGAUAGCGCCCCUCCAUCUUCCCAAACUGAUUCUUCCUCCACCACGAGCUCGGCAUUCUCUUCAUUCUCUUCAAAGGUAGAAUCAACUAGCUCGCCCACCAGCGUUCCAGAGACUUCAUCGUCGAAUCACACACCAGCAAUCGUCGGUGGAACUGUAGCAGGCCUCGUAGCACUUUUCGCUACCAUAAUCGUCAUCGUCCUUAUCCUCCGCCGACGUCGUCCACGUCCUUCAAGCCCACAAGGUCAUCAUACAGUCGAAUCACAAUACUUCCCACCUCCAUCCUCGGGAGUGGCUGAUACGGCCAGGAGAAAGAUUCAAACACAAUUCUACCCAGUAAGAGCAGAAGAUAAUCUCCCGUCAAUCGGGUAUGGUUAUGGCAGAAGCGACUCCGAUCGACCUUCGUCGUCGUCGAACAUACAAGCACUUCAUAUACGAAACCAGGACAGUCAGGGGAAUUUGGCUGCGGGGGCGGCUGUUGUACCUAUUUCUUCUUCUGAAAGGAAUCAGCAUCAGCUACAGCAGCAGCAACAUCCUCAUGCUGAGCCUGGUGUGAACGUUGAUGUGGCGGAACAACGAGAGGUUGUCGAGCCGGGUGACGGACGAAGUGAGGAUAUCAACGCUUUGGCGAAGGAGAUUGCGGGUGUUUUACUUCGUGGACAGAGGAGCUUGGUUGUGCCACCCUCUCAAAGAAGGGAUGAUGGGAGUGUACACGGGAGUAGCGGGGAUUUGGAAGGGCCGCCUGAUUAUAAGUCUGGGGGACAUGGUACUAAUAGCUAA